UCCCGAUGUCCGUCCCCGGGAGAAGAUCCCCCGUUACCGGCGGCUAGUGGGUAGGAGGGUGUCCCCGACAGGCUGCAGCAUCACCCGGGCGGGGGAUCUCAUUGCUCCAGAGAGGACCCACUGGAGGGUAAAUCCACGGAGCUUUCACCACGGAUUCCUGCGCGAGACGCCUGCAGCUGGACGCCAUGUCCACCAAAGCGGAGCAGUUUGCUUCCAAGAUUCGAUACCUACAAGAAUAUCAUAACCGAGUCCUCCACAACAUUUAUCCCGUACCGUCUGGAACGGACAUCGCGAACACCCUGAAAUACUUCUCGCAGACGCUGUUAAGCAUUUUGUCCCGAUCAGGCAAGAAGGAGAAUCAAGAGACCUCCAAUUUGACAGUGCCUAUGACCAUGUGUCUUUUUCCUGUGCCAUUCCCACUCACCCCAUCUCUAAGACCACAGGUCAGUUCCAUCAAUCCUACUGUUACUCGCUCCCUCCUUUACAGCGUUCUGCGAGAUUCCCCAUCAGAACGAGGCCAACAAAGCCGCGAUGCUCAGUUAUCAGAAUACCCAUCAUUGGACUAUCAAGGGCUUUAUGUCACUUUGGUGUCUCUGUUGGAUCUAGUCCCUUUGCUUCAACACGGUCAGCACGAUCUUGGACAAUCUAUAUUUUAUACAACUACAUGUUUAUUGCCCUUCCUGAGUGAUGAUAUACUCAGCACUUUACCCUAUACCAUGAUUUCAACUCUGGCCACUUUUCCUCCAUUUCUACACAAGGAUAUCAUUGAGUAUCUGAGCACCUCAUUCCUGCCCAUGGCGAUAUUGGGUUCCAGCAGAAGAGAGGGUGGGAUUCCUGCGCAUGUUAAUCUGUCUGCUUCUUCAAUGCUAAUGAUCGCAAUGCAGUAUACGUCAAAUCCCGUAUACCAUUGCCAGCUUUUGGAAUGUUUAAUGAAAUAUAAGCAAGAGGUGUGGAAGGAUUUGCUCUAUGUAAUAGCAUAUGGGCCUUCGCAAGUCAAGCCACCGGCCGUACAAAUGUUGUUCCAUUACUGGCCCAAUUUAAAACCACCGGGUGCAAUAAGUGAAUACAGGGGUCUGCAGUAUACGGCAUGGAAUCCCAUCCAUUGCCAACACAUUGAAUGCCAUAACGCCAUCAAUAAACCGGCAGUGAAGAUGUGCAUAGACGCUUCAUUGUCUGUAGCUUUAGGGGAUAAACCCCCACCUCUCUACCUGUGUGAGGAGUGCAGCCAAAGGAUUACCGGGGACCACAGCGAAUGGCUAAUUGACGUUCUAUUACCUCAAGCUGAAAUUUCAGCCAUUUGUCAGAAAAAGAACUGCAGCUCCCAUGUAAGGAGAGCCGUCGUCACAUGCUUCUCAGCUGGAUGUUGUGGUCGCCAUGGAAACCGACCGGUCCGGUACUGUAAAAGAUGCCAUUCGUACCAUCACAGCAAUGAGGUUGGGGCAGCGGCUGCAGCAGAGACUCAUCUUUUUCAGACCUCUCCACCCCCCAUAAACACUCGGGAAUGUGGGGCAGAGGAGCUGGUGUGCGCCGUGGAGGCAGUCAUUAGCUUGCUGAAAGAAGCCGAAUAUCACGCCGAGCAGAGAGAGCAUGAAAUGAACCGCCGGCGACAGAUGGGUCUUUCUUCGUCGCACCAUUCAUUAGACAACACUGACUUCGACAACAAGGAUGACGACAAACACGACCAGCGCCUCUUGAGUCAAUUCGGCAUCUGGUUUUUGGUGAGUCUCUGCACCCCUAGUGAAAAUACCCCCACCGAAAGCCUGGCGAGGCUGGUCAGUAUGGUGUUCCAGUGGUUCCAUUCUACAGCUUACAUGAUGGACGAUGAAGUCGGAAGCCUGGUCGAGAAACUCAAGCCCCAGUUUGUCACCAAAUGGCUGAAGACUGUGUGUGACAUCCGGUUCGAUGUUAUGGUGAUGUGCCUGCUCCCCAAACCAAUGGAAUUUGCCAGGGUUGGGGGUUACUGGGACAAGUCCUGCAGCACGGUGACCCAGCUUAAAGAAGGUCUAAACCGGAUUCUCUGCCUUAUCCCAUAUAACGUCAUAAACCAGCCCGUUUGGGAGUGCAUUAUGCCAGAAUGGCUGGAAUCUAUCAGAACCGAAGUGCCCGAUAACCAGCUGAAAGAAUUCCGAGAAGUUCUCAGCAAAAUGUUUGACAUUGAGCUAUGUCCUCUGCCCUUUUCCAUGGAAGAAAUGUUUAGUUUCAUUAGUUGUCGAUUCACGGGAUACCCGUCUUCUGUCCAGGAGCAAGCUCUGCUGUGGCUUCAUGUGUUGUCUGAAUUAGACAUUGUGGUCCCCUUACAGUUGCUAAUUAGUAUGUUUUCUGAUGGAGUUAACUCGGUGAAAGAAUUGGCCAACCAGAAAAAAGUGAGAGUCUCGGAGCUCGGAGGAAAUAUUCCUGGACACAGGGGCAGUAUCGCCUCUGACCCGGGACGCAGGAUCCAGCACAGUAUGCUCAGCCCUUUCCCCAGUCCAUUCCACAGUCCCUUCCGGAGCCCCAUGAGGAGUCCAUUCCGGAGCCCCUUUAAGAAUUACGGACCCCCAGCUGGAAGAACCAUUGAUUUUGACUGCGAUGAUGAUGAAAUGAAUCUGAAUUGCUUCAUACUCAUGUUUGACCUCAUUCUGAAGCAGAUGGAGCUGCAGGAUGACGGAAUCACGAUGGGGUUAGAAAACAGCCUGUCUAAGGACGUUAUCUCCAUUAUAAACAACGUGUUCCAGGCCCCCUGGGGCGGCUCUCAUACGUGUCAGAAGGAUGAGAAAGCCGUGGAGUGCAGCCUCUGUCAGUCCAGCAUCCUUUGCUAUCAGAUGGCUUGUGAGCUUCUCGAGAGGCUGGCGCCGAAGGUGGAGAUCAGGCUGGUGGAGCCAACAGACAGUUUGGAGGAAAGUCUUCUGCUCUCCAGAGCGGAGUUUAUCAUCGGAGGAGAAGAUGAGGAGAAUCCAUCAAACAAGAACGGGAAUCCAAGAAACCACACGGCACAACCAGAAAACACAACAAUCAAAAAUGACACAGAUCAAAAAUUCUGUCACCAGCAGCUUCCUGUGACUCUAAAACUGAUUUACACCAUUCUUCAGGAAAUGGCAAAGUUUGAUGAACCCGACAUCCUGUUUAACAUGCUCAAUUGUUUGAAGAUCCUCUGUCUGCACGGCGAGUGUUUGUACAUCGCCAAGAAAGAUCAUCUGCCGUUCUUAGCCUAUAUCCAGGAGCACAUGCUUAUUUCCAGCCUGUGGCGAGUCUUGAAAUCUGAGUUCUCGCAGCUUUCGUCCCUGGCGGUCCCUCUUCUCCUCCAUGCCCUGUCUCUGCCAUACGGAGCUGACAUCUUUUGGACAAUUAUCAACACGAACUUUAACAGCAAGGACUGGAAGAUGAGGUUUGAAGCAGUGGAAAAAGUUGCCGUUCUGUGCCGAUUCCUGGACAUUCAUUCGGUCACUAAGAAUCAUUUAUUGAAGUAUUCUUUGGCUCACGCGUUCUGCUGCUUUCUGACCGCCGUGGAAGACGUGAACCCCGCCGUAGCCACCAGAGCAGGGCUGUUACUAGACACCAUCAAGAGGCCUGCGUUGCAGGGAUUAUGCCUCUGCCUUGACUUCCAGUUUGACACGGUGGUGAAAGACAGACCGACCAUCCUCAGCAAGCUUCUUCUACUCCACUUUCUAAAGCAGGACAUACCGGCCCUGAGCUGGGAGUUUUUCGUGAAUAGAUUUGAUACUCUGUCCCUUGAGGCUCAGCUUCACUUGGACUGCAACAAGGAAUUCCCAUUCCCAACAACCAUUACUGCCGUGAGGACUAACGUAGCCAACCUCAGUGAUGCAGCCUUGUGGAAGAUCAAAAGGGCUCGAUUUGCCCGGAACCGGCAGAAAAGUGUCCGUUCCCUGCGGGACAGCGUCAAGGGACCCGGAGAAUCCAAGAGAGCCCUCUCGCUGCCCGAGACCCUGAGCACCAAAAUCCCUGUCCGGCUGACAAGGCAUGAACAAUCUGCACCUGCACUAGGGGGCACUGCAGAGCAGCCACAAGGUCAACAGUCCCCAGAGAAUGACAACAUCAUUAAGGACCCCCUCCCCGAGGACGCCGGGAUUGACCACCAGACAGUCCACCAGUUAAUUACGGUGCUCAUGAAGUUUAUGGCGAAGGAUAAAAGCAGCGCCGAGGCCGACAUAAGCAGCGCCAAGGCUUUUAACACGGUCAAGCGCCAUCUUUACGUUCUGCUCGGCUUCGAUCAGCAGGAGGGCUGCUUCAUGAUCGCCCCCCAGAAAAUGCGCACGUCAACGUGUUUUAACGCAUUUAUCGCAGGAAUCGCGCAGGUGAUGGAUUAUAACAUUAACCUUGGGAAACAUCUACUACCCCUUGUAGUCCAAGUAUUAAAAUACUGCACCUGCCCCCAGCUGAGGCAUUACUUCCAGCAGCCUCCCCGAUGUUCCUUGUGGUCCCUGAAACCCCAUAUUCGACAGAUGUGGCUGAAAGCCCUGCUUGUCAUUCUGUAUAAGUACCCAUACAGGGAAGCAGACCUGAGUAAGAUUGUACUUCAUCUGAUUCACAUAACGGUGAACACGCUGAACGCUCAGUAUCACAGCUGCAAACCCCACGCCACGGCCGGUCCACUGUACAGCGACAACAGCAACAUCAGCCGGUACAGCGAGAAGGAGAAAGAGGAGGACAGUGUGUUUGAUGAGUCCGAUAUCCACGACACGCCGACCGGGGCCGGUAACAAGGAAUCGCAAACCUUCUUUGCUCGUCUAAAAAGGAUAGGAGGCAGCAAAAUGGUGAAAUACCAGCCGGUUGACAUGAACGCUCAACGAAGUGACAUUGAACUGGCUGAAUACCGAGAAUCUGGGGCUCUGCAAGACAGUAUCCUGCGCUGUGUUAGAGAGGAAAGCAUACAAAAGAAGAAACUGCGCUCCCUAAAGCAGAAGUCUCUGGACAUCGGUAACACGGACUCUCUACUCUUUACCCUGGAUGAACAUCGCAGGAAAUCUUGCAUAGAUCGUUGUGAGCUCGGGAACCCUAAACUGAAUGACUAUGGAAGGUCAAGAGAGAACUCAUCCACCAAACCUGAAACCAUUGAUGCCAAUGAGAAUCCAACACCCAGAGAGAGUUUUCAAGAGACACGGAGACCGGUGAUACCGGAGGUGAGACUGAGUUGUAUGGAGACAUUUGAAGUAAAGGUGGAUUCUCCAGUAAAGCCGUCUCCUCCAAGAGAAGAUUUAGAUCUGAUUGAUUUGUCCUCCGACUCCACAUCGGGACCAGAGAAACAAUCCAUUUUAACCACCUCGGAUAGCGACUCCUUGGUGUUUGAGCCUCUUCCUCCGCUGAGAAUUGUAGAGAGCGACGACGAAGAGUUUCAGCUGAUGAACAAUGGAAGUAUUGUGGUUUCAACAUCUUCAACUCCCAUCAGUGCAUCAGUACUUAGUCUCAGCAUGAUGCCUCUGGUACAUGUGAGUAUCGAAGAUUGUUCUAAACCAUUUAUGACAACAGAUUUCAGCUUUAAUCCAGUUUUAAGACUGGAAGACAUGGCUUCCGAUGAUCCAGGCAAUCAAAAGGAUAUGGAGGAGUUGCCUAAGGCAGAGGACAUUCAAGACAUCUUCAGUGGAAGUCCUCUAACGCUAAAACAAAAGAGAGACCAACUAAAGAAGUCCUGCGCUCUGGCAGAGAUGUCCAUUGAUGAUAACUCAAUGGAGGACACAUUGGAGGAGAACAAGUCUGGACCUAAGGUCGUGCUUCUGAAUGUCCCAGAAGACACUGAGAACCAAACAGACAGUGAAAGGCCAGACGCCAGUACCGAAUCAGACACAGAGCAAAAUACAGAGCAGAAGGAAGAGGCGGAAGAAUCAGAGUUUAAAAUCCAGAUAGUUCCCAGGCAAAGAAAGCAGAGAAAGAUAGCAGUGAGUGCCAUCCAAAGGGAGUACCUGGACAUCACCUUCAACAUCCUAGACAAAUUAGGGGAGCAGAAGGACCCAGAGUCUGAGUCUAAAGGGCUUUCAAUUCUAGAUAUGCCCAGAGAGUCCUCUUCUGCACCAACUCUAGAAGCAGGGGGUCCUGAGACCAGCAGCCGUUCAUCUCUGACAACUCAAUACAGGCAAAUAAAAAGGGGUUCUCUGGGGGCUUUGACGAUGACACAACUCACGAAGCGUCAGCUUGAACACCAGUCGAGUGCCCCGCACAACAUCAGUACCUGGGACCCCGACGACCCCAAAGCGGCCCACGAGGUACUUGGCAGUAUUUCGGAAGUGUCAAUGGGAAGAACCAGUAUUCCUUAUAUUCAGAUCGGGGCCACAAAGUCCAGCCUGCUGUCUGCCCCCAGUAUCGUCAGCAUGUUUGUUCCAGCGCCAGAGGAUUUCUCAGAUGACCAGCCCACCAUAAUGUCAGACAAAUGCCAUGACUGCGGAGCCAUUCUAGAAGAGUAUGAUGAAGAAACAUUGGGCCUGGCCAUUGUGGUUCUCUUGACGUUCAUUCAUCUCAGCCCAGACUUGGCUGCUCCUCUGCUUCUGGAUAUCAUGCAGUCCGUGGGCAGAUUGGCAUCAAGUACCAGUUUCUCUAACCAAGCCGAAAGCAUGAUGAUCCCGGGGAACGCGGCCGGUGUCGCCAAGCAGUUCCUUCGUUGUGUUUUCCAUCAGCUGGCACCCAACGGCAUAUUUUCUCAACUCUUCCAGAGUAACAUCAAAGAUGGGAGCUUUUUACGAACUCUGGCGACAUCACUCAUGGAUUUUAACGAACUCAGCUCAUUUGCCGCUCUGAGCCAACUACUUGAGGGUUUGAAUAACAAAAAGAAUUUGCCAGCAGGUGGCGCUAUGCUGCGCUGCUUGGAAAACAUCGCCACUUUCAUGGAGGCUCUUCCUAUGGACAGCCCCAGUAACCUAUGGGCCACCAUUUGUAAUCAGUUCCAGACCUUCUUCACAAAAUUGCCAUCUGUCCUCCCGCUAAAGUGUUCGCUGGACUCCAGUCUCAGGAUAAUGAUUUGUUUGCUGAAGAUACCAACCUCAAAUGCCACCAGGAGCCUGUUGGAACCCUUUUCUAAGCUCCUGAGCUUUGUGAUUCAGAAUGGCAUCUUCACGCUGGCCUACCUCGUGGAGCUGUGCGGCUUAUGCUACCGAGCAUUUACUAAGGAGAGGGAUAAAUAUUAUUUGACCCGAAGCGUGAUCCUGGAUCUUCUGCAAGCCUUGAAACUAAAGUCCCCUUUACCCGACACUAAUCUCUUACUGCUGGUUCAGUUUAUUUGUACAGAUGUUGGAACUAAACUUGCAGAGUCUACCAUCAUUCACAAGCAGAUGUUUGCUUCGGUCCCCGGGUGCGGCACGGCUGCCAUGGAAUGCGCGCGGCAGUACAUCGGGGAGUUAUUAGACUUCAUCGCGGACAUGCACACGCUAACCAAAUUAAAGAGUCACAUGAAGACGUGCUCCCAGCCGCUGCACGAAGACACGUUCGGCGGUCAUCUUAAAGUCGGCCUUGCCCAGAUCGCCGCCAUGGAGAUAACUCGGGGGAACCACCGAGACAACAAGGCUGUCAUCCGGUACCUACCGUGGCUGUAUCACCCACCCUCAGCCAUGCAGCAGGGACCUAAAGAAUUUAUCGAAUGCGUUUCCCAUAUCCGGCUGCUAUCGUGGCUGCUCUUGGGGUCUCUCACUCACGGGGUCGUUUGCCCGAAUUCCCCCUCUGCCUGUAUGCCGAUUCCCCUGGACGCCGGCUCCCAAAUUGCCGACCACCUUAUUGUCAUCCUCAUCGGGUUCCCAGAACAGUCCAAGACGUCCGUGCUCCACAUGUGUUCGCUGUUCCACGCCUUCAUCUUUGCCCAACUCUGGACCGUAUAUUGCGAGCAGGCAGCGAUCGCCCCGACGCUGCAGAAUCAGAAUGAAUUCACGGCUAUACUGACAGCCUUGGAGUUCUGGAGCAGGGUCACCCCCAGCAUCCUCCAGCUGAUGGCCCAUAACACAGUGAUGGUUGAAAUGGUUUGCCUUCAUCUCAUUAGUCUGAUGGAGGCUUUGCAGGAGUGCGACUCAACUGUGUUUGUCAAGUUGAUUCCAAUGUGGCUGCCAAUGAUCCAAUCCAACAUUAAGCAUUUAUCAGCGGGGCUCCAGCUGCGUCUCCAGGCCAUUCAGAACAACGUUAACCAACAGAACCUGCGAAUGUUACAAGGUUCCGCUCAGAUGAAUCACAAUUCCACCGUCCUCCGCAAGUGGUUGCAGUGCACUCAGUUCAAAAUGGCCCAAGUGGAAAUCCAGUCCUCGGAGGCGGCUUCUCAGUUUUAUCCUCUGUAGCAUAGAAAGCAAAAGGCUAAAUCCCAACUUGCCACGCGUGCCGGGCUCUUAACUUACUCCGUGGGUUAUAUACAAGUAAAUAGGCUUACGUCUCCAACUCAGCG